AGUAUCUCUUCUUCUUUUCUUUCUCUCUUUUUUUUUUCCUUUGGGCAAUUGACACACGUGGCUUGUACAAAGCACAGACUGCACUGAUCUCACAGGUGUCAUGGCGUAUUCAUCGUCGCGUCCUACUUCCGCAGUUUUGGCCAGCACAUCAACAUCAUCGUCAAUUCGUCAACAGAGCAAUCAUAAUGCCAUCUCACACCAGCAGUCUUUUGCUCUAUCGUCUCGCAUUGUCUCCAAGAAAGCCGAGCUCGAGAAUUUGAUGCGGCUGCGGGAUCUAAGUGGCGUCAUGGCGAUGCAAAUGCAGGUCUUAGAGACGAAGAUAGGUACAUUAAAAGAUGGUACAGAAGCUGUGGCCUGCGUACUUGCAAAUUGGGACAACGUUAUACGGGCUAUCGGUAUGGCUUCGACAAAAGCUGCAGCUUCCAUAAGCACAAAAGAUGAAUCCUCAAGCGUUGAGACUGACCAUAACUUAAUGGUUGAGCGCCGUCUGCCGGCAACCCUGGUGCGAAUUCCCGUGGAAGAACGAGAAAGGCCGCAGGACUGAGACAUGCAAUUAUCUCUCCCACAUGACCGUACUCCUGGCGGUUUCUCCUAACAUGUGGAUGAGGCAUUCCGGAUAUUGAUGAUGUUCCUGUCAUUGGCAAUGUCACCGUCGAUCUCGGAGCUUGAUGCCUCCAAAAAGAAGACUGGCUAAUGCCAGGGGUUUCAGAAGUAUCAUGUUUGAUGGACUUGGAUGGUUGACAGGGAAUCUCAUUUAUGUCUGCACCAGACUACUAUUUAGUUUCUGGUAUAUUACUGGUGCAUUAAGCUCCAAGGGCGGCAAGCUGGACUUUUCGUGUUUUUGCAUGACACAUCCUCAGUGCGACUGAGGUUUUAAUCCAGAUGGACCCCGGACUUGCAGGUAAUGUCUGCCGGUUCGCCCAUAGCUAGGUAUAGUCAUGAGCAUAUGUAUGACUGGAGGUCAAUCCUGA